AAAAGUUCCUUUUCGCAACCUCCGCGGAUCUUCGCGGGAUUUCGGUUCGGGUUUAGGAUUGAGGACCUGUGGGCGGGGCGAGAGGAAGAAUGACUGUUCGAUUCGAGGUUCUUGAUCCGGAACUUAUCCAGGAGUCCCGGAAGAGGUAACUCGCGGGGUAGAAGCGUGUUCACUACCGGAAAGGAAAAACGCGAAGGCGCGAGUGAGGCGUUGGGGAGGUUCCCUAGAUGCUCUCCAAAUCCUUGGUAAUGGAAUAUUUGGCUCAUCCUGGUGCACUUAGCUUGGCUGCCGGAGUUGCUUGUGGCAUGUGCCUGGGCUGGGGCCUCCGUGUACGCUUUGGGAUGAUCCCCAAAAGCUCGCUGAGCAAGACAGACACAGAGACCGGAAGUGAAGCAUCCGUCUUAGGAGAGAGUGGGGAGUACAAAAUGAUUCUUGUGGUUCGAAAUGACUUAAAGAUGGGAAAGGGGAAAGUAGCUGCCCAGUGCUCUCAUGCUGCUGUUUCUGCCUACAAGCAAAUUCAAAGGAGAAACCCUGAAUUGCUCAAACAAUGGGAAUACUGUGGCCAGCCCAAAGUAGUGGUCAAAGCCCCUGAUGAAGAAACUCUGGUUGAAUUAUUGACCCAUGCGAAAAUGCUAGGACUGACUGUAAGUUUAAUCCAAGAUGCUGGACGUACUCAAAUUGCACCAGGCUCUAGAACUGUGCUGGGAAUUGGGCCAGGACCAGCAGAUCUAAUUGACAAAGUCACUGGCCACCUAAAACUUUACUAAGUGGAAUUUUGUAUGAUGGUCCCACCAUGAUGUGCUUUGAAACCAUUAAAUUCUAAUAAUAAAAGCUGAAUUUCUCCCCCGA